AUGUAUUGGCUAGAACCUGGUUUAGAUUUAGCUAAGGGUUUAAGAGUGCUUAGGACGGAUGCCGAAGUGAUGAGAAUGUGUGAGAGUGCGAUGAAGAAUGAUAACACUGUCCAUCUUUAUUUUGAUCAUCCUAUUGAUGCCAACCCUGGAAUUGUUGACGAAGAUGUGGUGUCUGAUGGUAGUGGUGAGAGUGUGUAUGAAAUCAAUCCGUCUGUUGAUAAUGUGAACGAAGAUAAAGUGACUAAUAAAGUAAUUGGUGAGACUAAUGAGAGGGAGAAUAAAUUUGUGAAUGAGGCAACUUUUGAGGUUAAUGAGUUGAAUAAAGGUGUGAGUGUUGUUGUGAACGAAAUUGUGAACGAAGUUGUGAAUGAGGCCACUAUUGAGGUUAAUGAGUUGAAUAAAGGUGUGAGUAGUGUUAUGAAUGAAGAUGUGAAUGAAGUAAAUGGGGAUAAAGACACUAAAGUAGCAGCAGCUCCAGAGAAGGGUGUUAAGAAGGCUGACGGUGAUUCUGGAGAAGCUGAGACAAUAAAUGAAGACAAACAUGAGAAUAAUGCUAAUGAUGCUAAUGAAGGUGAUCAUUUUGGAACUCCAAUUGUGGAUGACUUGAUGCCAGAGCCUCAACCGUCUGGACAGAGAAUUGUACUUGGAAAGGAUGAUGAAGAACCAAAGGUAGAGGUGCCUAACCCGAAUAGAGAAGAUGGAGACAGUGGACCUGAGAUGUAUCAAUACAAGUCUGAAGAACUAUGUAGCCCUCCUGGAUCUGAUGAUGAAGAGGAACCUGUAUUUUCUCAACAUAACCCCAACACACCAUAUGGAAAAAUUACUUUGGAGUUCAACAUGGAGUUCGAGACCAUGGACCACUUCAAAGCAGUAGUGCGGAAGUAA